CGUCCCGGUGCAAUUCCGCCAUUCCUAACAGUCUCCAAGCCGCAUCAAGAAUAUCUGCGGCGGUGUGGUGCUCGUGCCACUUCCUAGUCGAGUCCCCUCUUGCAAAUCCGCUCCUCCUCUGGUGUUCCCUUGCUCAUACGGUGCGCGGGAAGCGUCCUCUCGAGCCAAAGUCCUUGAGCGAUAAACCCGUGAUCACGGGCAAGAGCUGGUAGCACUUGUCUUUCAACGGCCGCUACUAUCCGCGUUAAAUACAUUUAGUGCAGCUCAACCACUAGGCUCCGCGUUAGUGGCUGGAACCGAUCUCCUUCUCUCUACGCCUAUCAGUCGAGCUCAUCUUGACGUGUCUACAUCUUUUCCAGUUUGUGGACAAAGCUGGAGUCCGAAGCUACUCACUUCAUCCUCGCAGCUGGCGCGGAGUACAGAAUUAUCCACCAUGGAUCAGAAUCAGAGUUACAAUCACAAUCUUCACAGCGAAAGGGGUCCCAUGUCCAGACCACAAAUGUUCGUACACCUCGAAUUUGGGCUGUCAUGGUCGCAGCAUCAUACACCACGAACGCACACGGUCACGUACACCUCACGUAAUUUGAUAGACUCCAGGACCCGGAGCGGUUUCCCACGCCAACUUCCUCCACCCAACGCAAAUUUCCUGAGCACAGACAACCAUCAACAUCGGCCGCGGGAAGCGCGAGACCGUGCAGGGCGUCAACAUCACCAGCAGCAACAAUACUAUUAUCCACAGCUACAGGACCAGCAUCAGCGUCCUGGGCUACAUGACCGUCCGACGGAAGAAGAACGUUCACGGCCACAGCAGACUCACGAACAGAGGCACGAGCGCCGCGAAUCGAGGAGUGAAUCCCGCGGCUUGUCACACGAGCGAGGAAAAUCGGCACCUCCACCGUUUCAAGACAGUCCAUGGGAUGCUACUGCAGGACCGUCGGCAUCUCUAUUUCCAGACGUUCCUCAGGAAAGUGCGGAGCAGCCUAGAAUUUGGAAGCCGUUACCGGCACCCCCAAGCAGCUUUCGGCUCGGAGAGGAUGAUCUACCUUGGUCUGCGUGGGCUGGGCCGUCAGACUCCUAUGAGCGGAGGCGUAGCAAUGAGAACGAGGAUGACUCUUCAUAUGCCAACCAACCGACAACUGUUCCCAUUUCGCCAUACCGCCGUCGCAGCGAUGACCCAGAAAGGAGUAGAGAGCUUGAAUCUCUAUCUGCAGCAAUGGUAACCGUUGAUAACGGGUUUGAAAAUCAGUGGUGGUAUCAAGGGCCAAGAGAGACAACGGCAUGGUGGCCGAGGGACCAAGAAGAGCCCCCGAGACUUAGUAUGGCGGACGCACUCUUACUGUCAGCAGCCGAACCUCCAGCCACCGCUCCGCCCCACGGAUGGUAUGCGCCGUCUGUUGAUGAUCAGGCGUCAUACCUCGACGGGGUUGUUUCACCGAUCUCUACCAUCAGCCCGUCAAGACCGCUUCAACGGUCCAUGACCACGAGAUCAGAAGAAUUAUUUAUUACAAGCGAUCUAUGAGCACUCGAAUCAACAUAUAUGCAGCAUGGCCAACAACGGAAAUUGUUCGGGUUGGCUGCAAGACUUUUCGUCAUGAACUCGAGAUACUGCCUGUGGCAUUAUUAAUGACAUCCAAGAAUAUCAUCCGAUUGUGGAGAAAUUGUAUUUAUGAUUUGUAAAUUUACAGUCGAGGCGGCCUAGGUCUCCGU